CGUUUCCAACAAAAACAUUAACCCGUGUUAGACGCCUUUAAACGUAUGCGUCACCGCAGUGAAGUUGGCGUCCUAUGUGUAGUUUAGGAUUCGGCCGUUUAUGAGGGGAGGGAAAGGGACAUUUCCCGGUUUUAAGGGCAUAAGGACCCCUUAGACCUGGUCCAGACUAGUUACCACAUUAAUAAGAUUAAUCCAGUCUGGUCUAUAUUAUCCCACAGGUAAUAUAGUUUUAGAAAAACAGAGCUUUACGGCGUUAAGUGAACGCAUCACCCUUUUCUCCUCCAAUUACUAAAAGACAGGCUAUGAAUCAGAAAUGAACUUCAGCGCUUUGCAGCGCUAAUUAGCAUCGCACGUUCCUACAGGCUCCGCUAGCAUCGGCUAACGGUUCAUCUGCUCACACAGCGGUGGACAGCUGUUCAAUCUGCCAGUAAAAUGAGUCGUUUAACUCUGUGAAUUACCGGAUCUCUUCUGGUAACUGAUUGACGUGAUCAUCAUUGAAUCAUUAAAGCCUGUUGGAGUCUGAGCAGAUCGAUAAUCAGUCCUGAUCAGAUAGAGCUGCUGUGUUACUUGAGGUCUGAAGGAGGCGGUUCAUCUUCAGGAGGAGGAAGAAGUGAUGAAUGGGGUGAAGGUGGAGGACGACCAUGGAGAGGACUGUCAGCUUCCUCCUCAAGGAGUCCUCGUGCCAGACCAGCCGUCAGAUCCGGCCUCCUGUCAGUCCAAACGCCGUCACCGCUGCUCCGUGUGCGGCCGGGAGUUUUCUCGCCCGUCCCGGCUGGCGGACCACGUGGCCUCCCACUCCGGCUUCAAACCGCACAGCUGCUCUGUGUGCGGCAAGCGCUUCACCAAGAAGAUCAACGUCUUCAUCCACCAGCGCGUCCACACCGGUGAGAAGCCGUACUUCUGUCCCGACUGCGGCGCGAGCUACGCCCAGCGGGGCUGCCUGCGGAGGCACCGCCUCCAGCACGCUGCCGAGAAACCCCACCGCUGCUCCGAGUGCGGCCACGGCUUCGUCCAGCGCCGCCACCUGGUCCAGCACGAGCGGAUGCACACCGGAGAGAAGCCCUUCUCCUGCACGCUGUGCCCCAAACGCUUCGCCUCCAGGAACGGGCUGGUGGACCACCAGAAGACCCACGCCCAGCAGAAGCUGUACUCCUGCUCCGUCUGCCAGAAGGCCUUCUCCUCCGCUUCGUCCUUCCGGGAUCACGCGAGGCUCCACACGGGCCAGAAGCUGCACCUCUGCUCGCUGUGCGGUAGGAGCUUCAACCGCCCGGGUCUGCUGAGGAAACACCUGCAGAAACACACCCUCCAGAGUCACCAGGCUGCAGGCGAGGCUGCUGCUGCGGAGGAUGAAGCUCCUCUCCACUGCUUCCUGUGCCAGAGAGACUUCGCCUCGGUCGAGCAGCUGAAGGAGCACAAGCAGCUGGUCCACACGCCGGCGUUCGCCUGCGACGUGUGCGGCCGCCGCUUCUCCAGAGCUUCCCGGCUCACCGACCACAUGAGGACUCACACCGGAGAGAGACCGUUCCAGUGCAACGUCUGCAGCAAGACGUUCUUUGCACAGAGAGUGUUGAGGAAACACCAAGAGAUCCACAACAAGACGGCGUGCAGCGUUGCCAUGACAGCAGGAGAACCGAAACCCGACGAGCUGCUCUGCAGAGGUGACGAGGAUGACGAGGAUGAAGAGGAGGCGGUGCGUUCAGUGACUGGAAACGUUGAAGCAGCGUCUGAGAGAAGCUCCGCCCCCGACAGACCUCAUCACUGCAGCAUCUGUUCCAAGAGCUUUCUGAAACCCUGUCUGCUCCGCAAACACAUGAGGAUCCACAUCAGGGACGGCGUGAUCCCCGACCCAGCCGACAAGGAGUUUUGGCUCCAUGUGAGGACGAAUGGGGAGGGAAAGGAGGAAGGGAUGAAGGAGGAGGAGGUGCAGGAUGAUCCUCCAGCAGACCUCUCUACCAGCCCCGAGCUCCUCCACUCUAGAUCCAAGCCUCUGCCUGGUAACCAUGGCAACCAGGGCGCCGUGCUGACACAGGGCAUCAACAGUGAAAAGUGUGAAGACGGAGACGUCAGCGGUUUGAUAAACUCAGACGGAGAAGAAGAGCAGUGGAAGCCAGCCGCCAGAGACCUAGAAGUCCACUCAGAUCUGCCGUCAGAUGGUAAAAGUAAGCACUGCUGUCCGGUCUGCAGUCGGGACUGCUUCAAGGCCUCGGCACUGCAGAAACACCUGCGGAUCCACUCCGGUGAGCGGCCCUUCCAGUGUCCCACCUGCAACAAGAGCUUCAUCCAGCACGUCCAUCUGACGGAGCACCAGAGGAUCCACACCGGAGAGAAACCCUACAGCUGCACCGACUGCGGCAAGAGCUUCACCUUCUCCAGUGCCCUGCGCCGCCACCAGCGCCUGCACACGGACGCCCGGCCGUACCAGUGCCCUGUCUGCCAGAAGACCUUCAAACAGCAAUGCGUGUUGAAGAACCACCAGCUGACCCACUCCGGCGUUCGAUACCAGUGUCCGCUGUGCAGCAAGAGCUUCAGCCGCGCCCUGGAGCUCACCUACCACGUGGACGUCCAUUCGGAUGCUCAGCCGUACUUCUGCAACAUCUGCAAGAAGAACCUGAGUGGAGCCAGAAUCUUCCAGAAACACAUGAGGAGGCAUGAGUCCCAGAGUCCGCUGCAGCCUGGACCCAAAGAGGCCAGAACCACCUGAGAGGUGGAGUUUCAGGAUGACGAAGAACCACUGAGACAGGACAGGAGCGUCCUGCUGAUGGACGUCCUGGGGGGACCCAUCCUCGGUCUCCUAGAGUUUAUUUCAGGGUUUAUUUUAAAGUCUUAUUUAUUUAUUAUUGACAUCAACAGGAAGUCCUACAUUAAACAGCUGGAAAAGCUUCAGCGACCUGUUUCUGUUAUUUCAUUUAUGAUGUCAUCACAACAAAUUGGACAUGGGAGAAAAAAAUGUAAAUAACAUGAACCGGUUCUUUAGAUGCCUGCAACAGAAUAAAGAAAGUAUAAGUCAGAA